AUGAGCAAGAACCUGCUUUCGGUGCCACAGAUCAACAGGCAUGGCAAGUUCCAAGUCAUGUUUAACGGGUUCACGAUGUAUGUGACUCUCAAGAACUCACAGCAAGUGAUGGCGACAGCGGAUCUCGUGGAUGGACUUUGCUGGAUUCACACGGCUCAGAGAUCAGCAAAUGUGGCAACAAGUGGAAACAGUUGUUCUGAUCCACAUGCGCGAAUGGGUCACGCUCCAUUUGACGUACUUCGCAAGAUGAUCACGACCAACAUUAUCAAGGGUGUGCGAGUCCCUCUCAAGUCGGAUGGAGCAACUACAUUUCGAGGGUGA